GAUGCGGAAAGCGAACUUUACCACACGUUUCGCAGUUCUCUGUUUUGUCUCUUGACGAUUGAAUUUAUUUAUACGUACGUGUUUUAGUAUGUUGUAUUGUGUGUUUUGGUUUUAGCAAGUUUUCGUGAGUUUUUUGUGUCGGUAUUACUUAUCGAGGGCCCCCUGUACUUUUCGUUAAUAGAACUUAAAGGGCACUCUUAAUAUAAGACUCUUUUUUAUUGUUCAUUUAAUAGAUUGAAGUAUAGGAAAGUUUGGAUGAUAUAAUGAAUUCCAUGGUAAAAUGAACAUUUCUGUAGUGCAUUUCUAUGGUGGACGUACGCUAUAGGCCGUUCAGCAACAUGCAUCUAAACGGGGAUUCAAUGGAGAGUCCAGAUGAGAGCCAUGAAAUGCUGGAAACCGAAAACCGGGGAAUGGCCGGAAGAAUGGCGGACCUGGAAAGAAAAGUCCUGGAACAAGGAGAUGAACUCGUUUGCCUCAAGGCCACAUUAGCAGAAGUCCUGCGUAGGCUCAGCCUGAUCGAGGGAAUGCGAAACUCCUCCUCGGCCACCUCGAGUCUCUCCACACCAGUGAGGAUCAACGGGAGCGGCUCAUAUAAAGAUUUACGCAAACAAAUGAGCUACUCUACUUCGAAAGUAGAGACUGCUAACAGAAAGUUUUCUGGGUCGUCUUUACCUCAGAGACGAGCGGUCCAUUAUCAGUCAACGGGGAGUCUGCAUUCCGAUAGCCAUAGUUCCAGUAGCGUUAGUCCCAUACCUUCUCCUUCACCAAGGGCCACACCAUUACCUCUCAAUGGAAGAAGACCAAUAUCAGUCACAAGCACAAGUAGUUCAAAUACCAUAACCUCUACCAACACCCUACAUAAAAGGUGGAGCUCCACGGGGGAUUUUAACCAAACCGGAGCGACUGGAAUGCAGAGCAAGUUUUCCACAAAAUCGUUUUUGAACUUGUUUAAGUCCAAUAAUAGCCCUAACAGUCCGAACUACAAACACGGGACCAAAGAGGCCACUUAUAAUGAGGAGGAGAAAUCAUUAAAAAUGUUUUUGAGAGGUCGGCCGAUUAUUUUAUACGCCCCCACUGAACUAUCCGAGAAUUACGAGGUUACCAAGGUGAAUACAGCCCCUGUUCAAAGGCUAAAAUUAGACUGGGCCUACGGUUACAGAGGUAGAGACUGUAGAUCCAACCUCUACUUUCUCCCUACAGGUGAAAUGGUGUAUUUUGUGGCGUCUGUAGUUGUUUUGUAUAAUGUAGAGGAGCAGAACCAGAGGCACUACGUUGAACAUACCGAUGACAUCAAAAGCUUGGCAAUUCAUCCCAACAAAAUGUUAGUAGCGACAGGGCAAAGCUCCGGCCAAGAAAAAAUAAACGGCAGAGCUCAUAUAAGGGUGUGGAACUCGGUGUCACUUCAUACCCAAGCAGUGAUUGGUCUAAAUCAUUUCGAGCUAGCUGUCUGUUGUCUGUCAUUCUCGAAAGCUGACGGUGGUUCUUUAUUGGUUGCCGUAGAUGAAGCUGCUGACCAUACGAUAUCGGUUUGGGAGUGGCAGAGAGGCGAGAAUGGGCAUAGAAUUACCGAAACAAAGUGUUCUGUAGACACCAUAGUAUCAGCAGAAUUCCAUCCCUUAGACAGAAACACCAUAGUAACUUGUGGCAAGUCCCACAUAGCAUUUUGGUCCCUGGACGUAAACGGGACUCUAUUUAAACGAAUGGGAAUUUUCGAAACCCGAGAUAAACCCAAAUAUGUAACCUGUUGUGCCUUUUUACAAACUGGAGAAACUAUUACGGGUGAUUCCAAUGGUAACUUGGAAAUCUGGGGUCGAGGCACCAACACUAUCUGGAAAAUGAUCAAAAACGUGCACGAGGGUGGCAUUUUCUCAAUUUGCGUGCUGAAAGAUGGCAGCGUGAUAACCGGGGGCGGAAAAGAUAGUCGGAUAGUUAAGUUUGAUUGUAAUUUAGGGAAGACAGGAGUAGUAAGCCAGAUUGAACGACACUAUGGUGGUGUUCGAGUAAUCUCAGAAGGCCCCGGCUCGCAACUCCUGCUCGGGACCACCAGGAAUUGCGUAUUGAAUGGCACUCCCGAAAUGGGAUUCCAACCGAUUAUCUUGGGCCAUUCUGACGACUUAUGGGGCUUAGCACCGCAUCCCAGCAUACCACAGUUCGCCACUGCCGGAUAUGAUAGAGUUUUACAGUUGUGGGACAGUAUGUCCCAUAGUAUUUUGUGGAGCAAAGACAUCGGUGAGCAGGCGCAGAGCGUUACUUUUUCUCAAGACGGUGCGGUCAUCUUGGUGGGGUGCGUUAAUGGGAAGUGGAUGAUCUUUGAUACUCAGACGAGAGAACUUUUAGGUUAUCAUACGGAUGGGAACGAACCGAUCCAAGUUAUAAGUUUCGCUCCAGAUGGGAAUAUGGUGGCCUUAGGCUCUAGAGAUAAUCAUAUCUACAUCUACCAAGUAAGCGAGGAUGGCAUGAAGUACAGUAGAGUGGGUCGGUGUACUGGACACUCCAGUUUUAUCACGCACCUGGACUGGGCAAAUGAUAAUCAGACUUUGAGAAGUAAUAGUGGAGAUUACGAGUUGCUGUUCUGGAAUGCAGGUACUUGUCGUCAGAUUCCUCAAUCGACUCUGAUGCGCGACGUCGACUGGGCAACGAAUACAUGUACCCUGACUUUUUCGACAGUUGGUAUAUGGCCCGAAAAUGCAGAUGGCACUGACGUCAAUGCCUGCGAUAGAAGUCACGAUAAGAAGCUCUUGGCUACGGCUGACGAUUAUGGCAAAGUUAAGCUUUUCAGUUAUCCAGCUUCUCAACCUAAGUCUCUCUGUCAUACAUACGGAGGUCACGCCGCUCACGUGACAUCUGUCACUUUUCUUCAUGACGAUACAAGGCUGGUCUCCAUAGGCGGAAGGGACACGGCCGUACUACAAUGGAUAGUAUCGUAGAAGCGACUUUCCCUAUACAAUAAGUAAAAACACAGCUUUAAACGUGAGACUAUUACAUCGUUGUUACAAUUUAGAUAUGAUGAUGAGGCCUUAAUAAAAAUAGUGUUUUCAAUUUAAUAAACAAAUACCAGUUUUCAUAUUUCAGAUUUUGAUCUUUUCUUAUUUAAUAUAAAAAUACUUAUUGCA